UUUACAUAUGAUCUCUGGCAUAUGAUUGCAAUAUUUGUUAGAGUUUUCUAUAAAGAUUUACAAUAGUUCGCUUAUUGAGUUGGAAACACUUUUUUCUACUGGCCUGGAUAGAGAAAAUAACGUUGUUGUUUUACGCACAUUUCGGCCAGUAUAAGCCAGCAACUUUGCCAUACUUGCAUGCAGUAGCGAUUAGCAGCUGUUUUUGAUUUCACCACGAAAAAAAUAGAAUAAAACAGCUUGCUACCAGAAUAGCUAAAAUCUUAUAAACGAUCUUACGUUCGAUCUUAGGCAAGUCUUUUAACGAUCUUUAACGAGAAUUACCCCCUUUUGGUUCAGGACGGUGAAGGUAUUCCAGUUCAAAUAUGCUAUGAGGUAGUAAGUGCAAUUAUAGGGAAGAGUUUAAUAAUCGCUUCGCGUCGCGAUUGUACGGAACAACAAAUAUUUCACAAAUAAGGAACGCUUCAUCACUUUGUGUUUUUAAGAAAAUGGAUCCACCUAUCUGUCCAAUAUGUUUAGGAAAUGUACAAAAUGCUAUAGUGUCUAGUUGUAAUCAUCAAUUUUGCAUGGAUUGUUAUAUGCAAUUUAAAAUGCAUACAGAAAAGAAGCCCCCACCAUGUCCACUUUGUAGAACCGAAAUUGUUAAAAUUGUUACGACUAUGCGGGUAUUAAACAAUUGGAUAAAUACUCACCUUUGGAAAUUUGCGGACUGCCCUGAAAAUAUGUAGAUACUUGGAACGGCUAUGAAGAGAAACUCAGAAAUAUUAAAAGAAAAUCAUUUAUCUUAAGAAUGUUAACUUUUUAAGCUUAACAAAGAGUAAUAGUUUGCCUUAAAGUAUUUCCACAAUUUAAUAAAUACAUAU